GUCUUCUCUAUUUUUACACACGCAGAGUCUAGAAACUUGAGAAAAUUUUGCAACGCCAAGCACGGUUACCUCCCACAGCCGCACACCUCCGCGUCCGCCGGGCACCGGAAUACCGGAUACUCAGCAGCCACCGCACCACCGAAGCACACCGCACGUCGCUCGGAUCUUCACCAGCACCCACCGGAGCAGCGCCGUCUUCCACCGCACACUUCGACGACGAUCCACACACGCUCAAAAGCAACCCAACCACAACACGCAGCACUACAGUACUGAGUCGUGCAUGUGUCUAAUCAGAAUCACGUACAGAGAGAUUGUAUGGAUUCCGAAGUUGAAACACUUGAGGAGAGCUUAACGUCUAUGCUUGGUCAGCUCCAAGUAGAGUGCGGCAUUCUUGAAAGAAUGGUGUACAAGAACAAGAACCAGCAUAGGCGUUGCUCCUAUUUCCAGUAUCUUUUGAAGGUGAGGAGGGAUUUAAGGCUGCUGCAAUCAGCUAAGUUGGAGGAGCUAGUAGAUUCUUGCUUUUUAGUUAUCACUGGGAAGAGAGCUAAACAAAAGGUGCAUCUUUUAGAAAGUUUAAAGAGGAGAAAAUGUGAUAGUGGAAAACAUAAUUUUACAGAGCGACUUUUGGGAGCUGCACGCCUACUAUCACAGAUGGUUGAGCCCAUGUUGAUGGCAGCUACUGAGAUAUCUAUCUUGCUUGCUCGAUCCUUUUUCAUGGGAUUUUCUCUGACAAUUUUGGGUCUGCUCGCACGCCUUCGAGUUUUGGUUCAACAGAUAUUACUUGAUGUUGUUUCAGUAUUCAACAUGGUUUCUUAUCUCUCCCAGAAGAAGCAAUGUAUAAAGAUAAACCAGGAAGGAAUUGAGGUCUUCAGGGAGUUUUAUCCAAACAAUGACGAAUUUGUCAGCCUAGAGUGUGUAUGGAAAUCAGAUAAGUUUGUAUUACUUGAGAGGAUGCAUGAGAGCAAGACUGGAAGUCAAGAGGGGGAUCUUAAAGAAGAUGCUUCUUUAGGAGCAUUGGCUGUAAAGUAUCAAAGUAUUGAGUCCUUUCUUGGAGAUGAUGAACUUGUUCCCAAGAUAGUGGAUGCAGACCAAAUGGCUGAGAAAGGUUCAUCUCACAUCAAGGAGGACAAGACUGAUUUGCUGGCAGGCCCUUCCAUGGAGGGUGACAAUGGGGAGGCAGCAGUCGAAGGUUGUACAGAAGUAGGAGAUGGUUCGGUGGAUGCAACUAUCCCUAGCACGAAACUCCUGGAGAAAGGUGGUUUGGUUGCAGACUCAGAGUUGUCUCCAAGUUCAAAUUCUUUGAAAAUUACUUCUGUAUCAAGAAAAGUAGCUUUUGUCUCGGUGAAAAAUCCUCCGGUAUUGACGACGAAUGUGAAAAAUCCUCCACUAUCAGCCACAAACGUUAUGGCCAGCUUCAGGGAAAAUGAAACCAAUGGUGGUGCCAAGGACGAUCCAUUUUUCAGUUUGCUUACUGGUGGAAAUGUAAACAACAGUCUCUUCUAGUUACUGAUCGGUUUAACAGGCAUUUUUUUUUUUUUGAAGUAAUAAUAUAAUAUUAUUAAGCUUUCAUCGACCAAUUGAAUUAAUGGAUAAAUUCACA